UCUUACAACCUCACUCACAUGCCGUUGUUGCUUCAUUCUCCCAUGCAAUCGCCGAUCGUUUACGACAUAUGAUCACCGGCGAUCGGUUACUCUCCGCCGCCAGCUCCCUCUCUUAUUCUCGCGGUAUUGAAUGAAGGAGUUUCGCGCCGUAUCAACCGUAUUGUACCUGCUCAUCUCCUCAUCUUCUCAAGUCUUAUGGAAUUCUAUUGAUCGAGAAUUUUCGGUUUCAGUGGUCGGUGGCGAGAAUUCGAGAGUCUAUCAAGGAUUAGUGUCAUUAUGACGUUGAUGGAGAACUGCGACAAUGGCCGCCCCUGCAUCUUCCCCUUGACAAGUUUGCAAAUCGGGGAUUUGCAGUCCUAUCUAUCACAUCGUUUCAUUUACCUAGCCCCUGAGAGUAAGAAAUUUUAUAUCUUAGUGGACAACCGGCCAUGGUUGCAAGAUCUCAUCUCCCACCCGGCACACUUGUGGCAAUUGAUGGUCACUAAGUCCAGAAUGUCCCCCUUUGCAAAUACCAGAGGGCAGAAGGAUAAAAGAGAGACUGAAGAUAUGCAAACUAAAGCAGAACCAAAUGCAAGUAAUUCAGAAGAAGUCAAAAAAUGGUUUUCCGUGAUUGAUGCUGCAACCUUAUCUAGUACAAGCACCAUAUUACCUGUGAAGAAAUUUAGGAUUUCUUUUUUAAAUAGCAACCUGAAUAGGACGUUAUACGGCUUCAUUGUGUUUGAAGUUGCAUGGAGUGAUGUUCGUGGUAUAAACUAUUUUAAUGAACUUCAGACAGAUACCCAAUUUGCUUUAGAGGCUAAAUUCAUGAGAAGAUGGGAAUUUGAUAGUAUGGCACAAGCAGCUAUAUGUAUAAAUUCAUGGUUCUCUGGAACACAUGACGAGAGGAGUACUUUGAUAGAAUAUUUGGACCCUACAAUUGGAGAGGCAUUUUUUGAUGCUGAAGUAAAAUUUUCAAGUACUAGUGUUGCAGAUGGCAAUGAUACUACUAUUGAUGAUUUAUACAAUGAUAAUAAAUAUGCUCUCACUCCAAGUAAUAGUUUCCGCAGUAUGCACCCAGAAACCAUAACAAGCAGCAGAACUUCAAGUUGUAGACCAUUUGGACCUUAUAAGAGAAGAAAGUCUAUUAGCAAUGCAGACAUGUUUUCUGAAGAUUCUUACAGUAGUACAACUGGAGCACCACAACAUUCUCCAAAGUCCUGCUCAUCUGAGUGUGAGAAUGAUGUAGUUGAAGCUACCAAGUACAAGGAUAUUUUGAUUUUUUUUCGGUUUAAUGAUCGUGACCUCCCCUUUAAAUUAAGGGACACUAUUAUGUCUGAUCUGCGGUUGCUUACACUGUUGGAAUGUGGGCUGCCGGCAUGGGCGAUCUUCCUUCAGUCCUACCCAGGACUUUGCCAUAUUUAUCGCCCAUGGAUGUGCCCCCUAGCCAGAUUUUUAUAUGUGCUUAUCUCAAUCAUUACUGUCCUUAUAGGAUUUUAUGAUCUGUACAAAAAUGUACCACUCGUCAAAGCAACCGCAUCUCAUUUGUUUGGACCCUUCUUUGAUUGGAUAGAAACAUGGGAAAUGAUAUCAAGAAUUAGGUACCUGGGGACAAUGUUAUUUCUUCACAAUUUUCAGAAGGCACUUAAGUGGUUCCUAUCAGCAACUCGUGCUAUUCGGUCAUUUUUAUCAAUUGUCACACGGCCAUUUGCAGGACCAUUAUUUGAGUUAAUGGAAUUAUUCCUUCCUCUCUGGAGCUUGUGUGCACAAUUAGCAGAGAGUUUAUUUUCAAUAAUAUGGUUAAUUUUGGAGACUUCUUGGAAUCUGGUAGGAGACAUUUUUGAGAUUCUGCUAUUGCCAGUGUGGUGCCUCCUUUCCGUUUUCAUGAGAAUUGUGACAUCUUUAUUAUACCCUGUAUUUUGGAUAUUCUGGGGAGCACUCUAUACUCCCAUUCGCUUGGUCAUGGGUUGCUCUGGUGCUAUUGCCCGUGUAUUCAGCGUUAUAUCCGAAGUGAUUCUAGACAUGUGGGAAUUUUCAAGUGGCAUUCUCCGAUUCACUUCAGAGGUGGAGUCAACAGUAACCACAGCUGAGGUUUCCAUGUGGCGUGCUCUUUGGAAUGACCUUUUCUCCCAGAUUUUUCGUGCUCUUCGAAGCAUACUUAAUGGUUUUGUUGCCUUCUUCAUGGCCUGCAACAGGCAUCGCCUAAGUAUAUAUAAUCAUACAAAAGAGUUCAUUCAAAAGCUAUUUCAACCUGCUGAGAGGAACCAGCUUACAGUCUACACUGGCAGUGGACAACUAUCAGUACUACAGAAGAAGUUUGAAGACGAGUAUGAAUAUCACCGCCAAAAAAAACUCAGGAAAGUCGUCCCCACAUUAAUGUCCCCCCCACAUUAAUGUCCCCCCAUUGAUGUGAAAACAUGCAGUGGAUCUUCAAAGUAAGUAGUAAGCAGGGAGUUUUGAUCAGUGUCUGACUUGUAGGAGACACGGCUGAAUUCCAUAAUGAAGAAAUUGUGCAGCAAAUUUCUUCAUUGUCUACCCUAGAACUCAGGGUUUUAGAUUGCAUUUCAUAGCUGCUCUCUUGUAACAUAUGUAAAUGAUGUACAUAGUCAUUUUCUCAGUGGAUAAAUGCAUAUAUUUCUUUCCAUUCUUUU